AGUCCUGCGCAGGCGCAGUCGGGCAUUGACUCGAGGAGCGGUUAGCGGUGGCCGUAGUUGGCGCGCGGUGGAAAGAAAGGCCGGAAGCGCAAGCACGGGCGCCGCGUCUACCCCUCUUUCCGCUUCCCGCCCCGGUGGCCCCGGUGCUCCGUCGGCGUGGCAACCCUGUUCCCUCGCGCGCCUUUGCCGCUCCUUCGGCCGCGGAUGCAGCGCCGCGAGGACCUCGCCGCCGCCGCCGCCCGCCUGGGCCGGGCGCCGGGCCCCGCCGGGGUGGCCCGACUCCAGUCGCCUCAGGCGGCGGCUUCCCCGCGGCGGGCGGCCCGAGGCGGCGGCGGCGGGGCGCGCGGGCCUCAGCCGCCGCCGCUCCUGCCGCCUUCGGCCACCAGCUCGGCCCCGCCGGCGCCCAGCGUGGCGCCCACCCCACUGAUGCCCGGGGCCGUCUCGGCGGCCAAGACGGAGCCCGAGAACAAGUACCUGCCCGAGCUGAUGGCCGAGAAGGACAGCCUGGACCCCUCCUUCACCCACGCCAUGCAGCUGCUGCAAGCAGAAAUUGACAAAAUUCAAAAGGGUGAAUCAAAGAAGGAUGAAGAAGAGACCUAUCUGGACUUGUUUUCUCAUAAAAACAUGAAAUUGAAGGAACGAGUUCUUAUACCGGUCAAGCAGUAUCCUAAGUUCAAUUUUGUUGGGAAGAUACUGGGCCCCCAAGGCAACACCAUCAAGCGAUUACAGGAGGAAACUGGAGCAAAGAUUUCUGUCCUAGGAAAGGGAUCAAUGAGAGACAAGGCAAAGGAGGAAGAAUUGCGCAAAGGAGGCGAUCCAAAGUAUGCUCACUUAAAUAUGGAUCUGCAUGUUUUCAUUGAGGUCUUCGGCCCUCCUUGUGAGGCUUAUGCUCUUAUGGCCCAUGCUAUGGAAGAAGUCAAGAAGUUCCUCGUUCCAGAUAUGAUGGAUGAUAUCUGCCAGGAACAAUUUUUGGAAUUGUCCUAUCUCAAUGGGGUGCCAGAGCCAACUCGUGGUCGGGGGAUCUCUGUCCGUGGAAGGGGAGCAGUUCCCCCACCCCCACCUGUUCCUAGAGGACGUGGUGUGGGUCCUCCGCCACCACCUCCCCGUGGAGCCCUUGUACGGGGUGCCCCAGUGAGGGGCGCAAUUGCAAGAGGAGCAGCUGUGACCCGUGGAGUCCCCCCUCUCCCUACAGUGAGAGGGGCCCCUGCCUCAAGAGCUCGUGCAGCCGGCAUUCAAAGAAUACCACUCCCCCCUCCUCCUGCACCAGAGACCUACGAAGACUAUGGCUAUGAUGAUGCUUACGCUGAGCAAAGUUAUGAAGGCUACGAAGGCUACUACAGCCAGGGUCAACAGGAAACAGAAUAUUACGAUUAUGGACAUGGUGAAGCUCAAGAAUCUUAUGAGGCGUAUGGUCAAGACGACUGGAACGGAACUAGGCCUUCGCUCAAGGCCCCUCCUGCUAGGCCAGUGAAGGGGGCCUAUCGAGAGCACCCGUAUGGACGCUAUUAGAACAUUCACCAGGGCAAAUCACCCUUUUGAACAAACAGUUGUUUCUGAUUCUAGUGUCUCCCAGGAUUCCUCUUGCUUUACCACAACAGACAAGUAAUUGUCUCCCUGAUUUUUCUCUGGCUCCUUUUUUCUCCCACCUCCAUCCUCCCUGACCACUUGACCCUACAUUCUGCUUCUGUAUGUAGUAUUUUAAAUAAGUUAGAGUUAGAAAACUGAAUUCAACUUUUAAGUGUGUAGACUGCUUUUCUUUCUCUGUUUAUAGAUUAUAUUAAAAAAAACUGUACCUUUAAAAAGAAAACUUUUGAGAUAAAAUGUUAGUUUCCAAAGUGACAUGCUUGCUUGACAGUUAUGGAAUUAAAGUUUGUUAAUCUUUAAAUUUUUUUGUUUUGUUUUUUAGGCAACCCAUAAAAGUUCUAGUUGCAGAAUCCCAAAGUAGGCUACAUUUCAAAAUUCAGGGUUUUUUUUUUAAUGAAUUAAAAUGUAACUGUAGUGAUUUUAGUGUAGUGACAGUUAAAAAGCAAGGUCAAAUGUCAAAAUUUUGCCCUUAACAGCAAAUUGCUUGAUUAAUCUUAACUUUAAACAUCAAUAGGAAGGAUCCUCUAGAACAAAUUAAAUGGUGGGGUUUUUUUCCUUCAGUAGAUUUAACUUUUGUUUAAAAAAAAAAAUUAGGUUUGUAGAAAGACUUCCAAUGUGGAUAUUGAAAUUUGUCCCCAAAUUCUGGGAUGCUAACAGCAGAGGUUUUCAAGCAAAAGGUGUUCUUAGCUCAAUUGUGCAUGAAGAGAUUUUAAGAAAAUGGACAUCUAGCUGCUCUGUAAUUUUAUAUUGCUCUAACUGCCCAGUGUUUUGAUAUUAGGAAGUAUUAAAUAUAAGUAGCUGUGCAUUGUGUCUUUUUUUUUCUUUAAUGAAAAGCUAACACGAGUGUUUGCAGUACAUAAUAUAGUUCAAGCUUACAAUUGGCAACAUUAUCAAGCUUUUAGUCAUUCCAGUGACAUGUUUAUGUGUCUCGACACUCGUAUUAUGUUAAAAAGGGACAUUGCAGCUGAAAAACCAAGGAGAGCUUAUUUUGUACAUAGAUUUGUACACUGUCCUCCCAUUUUGUUCUUGGAAGAUUAAAUGCUACUACAUGUGUAAGCUUGCCGAAAUAGGUAGCUAAAAUUUGUCAAGAUGUCUGCAGCAGUUUGUCAAUAAAGUUUAGUCCUUUUUUUUAAUCAAAGUAAA